AUGGCGCUGCGCAAUCAAUAUAUGCUGCCAAUGCGCAUCCUCGCAACCAAUUUCCACAGCACAACCAAGCCCACGGUUCCGGCUCUGGCCUGCCAAUGGACUCGGAGGCAUGGGUUAGCAACCUCUACCUCACCGCCCACAAAGGGUUCUAAAGGGCCGACUGCCAUGGUGUUUCUGAACAUGGGUGGCCCAUCAAAAACCGAGGACGUUGAAGAUUUCCUCAGCCGUCUUUUUGCCGAUGGCGAUUUAAUCCCUCUAGGGCCGCUUCAAAAGUACAUUGGCCCACUCCUCGCUCGUCGACGAACCCCAAAAAUUCAAAAGCAAUACUCAGCAAUUGGCGGAGGCUCGCCAAUCCGCAAAUGGUCGGAACAUCAAUGCGAAGAGAUGUGCAAGAUCCUCGACGAGAUAUCACCCGAAACUGCUCCACAUAAACCAUACGUUGCGUUCCGCUAUGCGGCUCCGCUUACAGAGGAGAUGUACAAUAAACUCCUUGAGGAUGGUUUCGGCGGUGAAAACGGCGGCCGAGCUGUUGCUUUCACGCAAUAUCCCCAAUACUCAUGUUCCACCACCGGAAGCUCUCUCAAUGAAUUGUGGAGGUGGAGGAACCGAUUAGAAGGGCCUCGUGCAGGGCAAGAUUCAAAAGGCACUAUCAAAUGGAGCGUCAUUGACCGGUGGCCAACACAUCCCGGUCUGGUGGAAGCUUUUUCUAAGCUCAUUGAAGAUCGGUUGGCUACGUACCCGGAAGAUAAGAGAUCCUCGGUCUUGCUCCUCUUUUCUGCUCACAGUCUGCCUAUGAGUGUCGUAAACCGAGGUGAUCCGUACACUGCGGAGGUUGCCGCUACCGUCCAUGCAGUUAUGCAGCGUCUUGGUUUUAAGAAUCCUUAUCGACUCUGCUGGCAGUCACAAGUUGGGCCAUCAGCAUGGCAGGGUGCGCAAACCAGCCACACGGUUGAGAAUUACGUCAAGAAAGGAUUCACAGAUAUGAUACUGGUCCCAAUCGCCUUCACUAGCGACCAUAUCGAGACUCUCUACGAGCUCGACAAAGAGGUUAUUGGUGAAGCUGGUCAUCCGGGAGUGAAACGAGCAGAAAGUCUGAACGGCAGCCCAACAUUCAUCCGUGCGCUGGCCGACAUUGCUCGAGAUCAUUUACAGUCGGGGGAGACAUGCUCCAGACAGAUGACACUGCGGUGUCAAGGCUGUACCAGUGAGCGGUGUUUGGAGCAGAAAAGGUUUUUCGCUGGAGACCAGCUUGGGCCACUUGUACGAUAG